AUGGUGAUCUUCGGUAAAUGGAUAAACACUCAUCAGCUUCUUCUUUCAAAUGGAAAUCUCCAAAUGACAGAUUAUGUUAGUAAAAAAGCUGCCGUUUUCUCUUUAAUACUCAAAUGGAUUCUUAAGAUUGCAAUGUUGGCAGCUUUCAUUGCUUGGCUUACUGUUGUUUUCAUGUAUCCGAUAGAGUCACUUCAAACAUGGUUUAAAAAUUGGACUCAAGCCUCUGCUGAUUCUUUUCUUGGCUUUACAGGAGGUGUAUUUCUGAUAUUCAACGGGCCACUUAUCAUUAUUGCAUUACUUUCUAUACCAUACCUUACCCUUUGCUCCAGGGAAGAGGAGCUCCAAAAGAAAGGGGGAGCAAAAAGAAGAGGUCACGGACUGGGGACAUUCCCAAUUGUUGUGGAUGGACCUUUUGGUGUAGUUUCUGCGGCAGAGUUUAUACCUUUUGGUGUAGUUUCUGCGGCAGAGUUUAUUGGGAUUCUAGUCUUUCUCGGAUAUAUCGCGUGGGUUGCUUGCAUUUACGCUGUGCAGAAGAUCAGUGUCAUUUUUACGAAUCCUGAGUAUACUAUUGGAGACAAAUGGUCAUGGACGUUUCGAAUGUCGGCACGUGGAUUUGGAUUGGCAGGGAUAUUCUGCUUGUCAUCAUUUCUGUUUAUUCCGGUGGCGAGAAGCUCGCUUCUCCUCUGCCUUGUAAAUAUCCCAACGGAGCAUGCCAUUAGAUACCACAUAUGGCUUGGCCAUCUCUGUAUGCUUCUCUUUACUUUCCAUGGUCUCUUUUACGUAAUUGGAUGGUUCGUGUCUGGAAAAAUUCCCUCUGCACUAAUAGCAUGGGAUGCUACAGAUGGAGCAAAACAUUAG